CCACGUGUGACGGAGCGUUGCAUUCCCGGCUCACUGACACCGUAGCUCCGCUCUAUCCGCCGACCCUAACGCCUGUGUGUAUCCGUCACUCACUGCCUGUAGCUGGGUCAAAACAUGGAAGGGGACGGCAGCCAAGCCACGUCUGGAAGCCCGACUGAACCGCAGCACGACCCGGGGAAAAUGUUUAUCGGUGGCCUCAGCUGGCAAACUUCACCAGAUAGCCUUAAAGAAUAUUUUUGUAAGUUUGGGGAAAUCCGAGAAUGUAUGGUGAUGAGAGACCCAACGACAAAACGUUCCAGGGGCUUUGGCUUCAUCACUUUUGCAGAUGCUGCCAGCGUAGAUAAAGUCUUGGCACUGACGCACCACGAGUUAGAUUCUAAAAUGGUAAGUUAA